AUGUUUCUUCAAAAGCUCCUGUAUAUUGGCGGCCUUUCGGCUAUUUUGGAAGCCUCUCUUGUUGAAGGCUAUUCACUGACUGAGCACCCCGUUCCAACGAGGGUCAAGAGAAUCCCAGCGGAAGCAUCAUCAUCAGCAAGCCCAGUCACUGCUCUGACUGGAUGUCAUAUGCAUGGCACUGUUCAAUAUUGCAUGGCGGGGACAGAAGAAUAUCAACUUCUAACUACUCCAACGGCGACCGGAGCACUUCCAGCACAGUACACCGGCUGUCAUUCUCACUCCAGUGACCUGUGGUGUUUCGAUCCAGAUGGCAACGAAAGUCAAUUUGCUGUUGAAGGCGCAUCGACAGAUACCACAGAACAACAAGCCUCAGGGACAGUGACUGGAGUGCAAGCAUCAUCAACGAGCAGUGGCGAAAACUGCCAUUUCCAUGCCGGGGUUGAACACUGCGUGGGCGAAGGUCAGAGCGAAUCCGGAACAGAAGGUUCCUGUGAUCGUAAAGGACGAGAGUACAAUGUUAAACUACGAAUCGGACUUCUCUUUGUGAUACUUGUUACGAGCUUCCUCGGAGUAUCAAUCCCAAUCUUCAUCACCUCCUUCUCAAGCUUCUCAUCCGAGAACAUAGUCUUCGUGGCUUUGAAGCAAUUUGGGACUGGAGUAAUUAUCUCCACAGCUUUUAUCCACCUUUUCACCCACGCAUUUCUCAUGUUUUCAAAUUCCUGCCUCGGAACAUUAGAGUAUGAGUCAACGACAGCCGCCAUCUUCCUAGGUGGCCUAUUCAUCUCCUUCCUAGUCGAAUAUCUCGGACAUCGUCUUGCCCACUGGAGGAAGGCUCAAGUCUCAUCAGGACUACUUGAGUCGGAUUCUUCAGAUCCUAAAGCGCAACCAGCCCCUGGAGAAGCAAGUGAUGACACGGAUAUACGGCCAAGUUGCCCUCACGAGCCAACAACGCUUCGAAAACACCACCACCGCAUGGGCUCUGAAACAGUUAGCGUACUUGUCCUAGAAUCUGGAAUUAUUUUCCACAGUAUACUGAUAGGUCUUACCCUUGUCGUUGCAGGCGACUCUUUUUUCAUCACACUCUUCAUCGUCAUCCUCUUCCACCAAGUGUUCGAAGGCAUCGCUCUCGGAACCUGCAUUGCUGCGCUUCCUUCCACCGCAGCCCAAAGCCAAGCCACCGGUGCCUCACCGGCCUCCAAGCCCGUCUCUUUCACUACUAAACUUGCUAUGGCCAUCACAUACGCGCUUACCACACCGCUUGGUAUGGCGAUUGGAAUCGGAGUCUUAGGCCGCUUCAAUGGUAAUGAUCCAUCAACGAUCAUUGCGAUAGGAACGCUGGAUGCGCUUAGUGCGGGCAUCUUGGCUUGGGUGGGGUUGGUUGAGAUGUGGGCGGGUGAUUGGUUGCAUGGAGGAUUAAUGGAUGCGAAGCCUUUGAGGACAGGAAUCGCUAUGAUCGCGUUGAUAGCCGGGUUGGUGGUUAUGAGCGUAUUGGGGAAGUGGGCGUAG